AUUAUCGUGAGAGCUCUAGAGAGGCGGGCGGUGUGGAUGCCGGUGUAGAGUGGCAGAUGCGAACCCCCAAAAUCCUAACCGCCAACCACAUCCGUCGCACUGAGCCCAUCCCUACUAUCAGACAUCAUGGCGCACCACGCUGAAGACCACAGCUAUCACCCUCAAGAUGCCAUGUCAGUUGCCAUGAAGGCUACCAUGCUGACUGGUGCUGUUGGUCUGUUCGGUUCCGCCGCUCAGAACACCCUCUCCAGACGGAACCACGGACCGCUGGGCAUCUUCAUUCGCAGCGGUGGCACCAUUGGUGUCUUUGCUGCCGUCGGUGGUACUUAUGCGUUCGUUAAGACUGCAUCCGCCAACCUGCGCGAGAAGGAGGACCACUACAACACCGCGCUUGGUGGGUUCUUCUCCGGUGCCAUUCUCGGUCUGAGACUCCGCACAUUCCCCGCUUUGCUCGGAUACGGUGUCGCCGUUUCGGCCGUUAUGACCGCAUUCGAGUACACCGGCGGUUCUCUGUUCGGAUACAAGAAGGACACAUCGGUGGACGAGUUUGACCGUCGCCAGCAGCUGCGCAAGGCGUUCCAGACUCCCGGAGAGCAGACCGUCGCCGAGUUGGGCGAGGGACGUGGUAUCUACGGCCCCGGCUAUGAGGAGCGACGCGCUGAGCGCAUUAAGGAGGCUUACGGUGUUGAGGUUCCCACAUCCCCGGUCCCUGCGUCAUAAACCUGCAUUCCUUUCGAUCCGCCUUUCCCCGUUGCUUUGUGUAAAUUAUCCCCCCCCACAUCACGCCACCUACUUCGCAUGCCGGACAAGUCAAUCCGAUUAGGUUUUCUUCUGUCUUCAGGAAAUUUCAAAC